GAAAAAGUCCAACUGAAAUAACACGUGACUGUAUUAUUGUGUUGUAGUUGUUCGACUUGUUGGAUUUACAAAGCGUGGAAAUCAAGAUACAUCAAAACAGGCCACAUUUUUCCACUCUUCAGCUGUCCAGACUUGGUGAGCCUGUGUCUACAGCCUCAGCUAUCUGUUCUUUGCUGACGUGGUUAAGAUGCCACCAUGGCACAGAGGGUUGGAAGUGGUCAGAAGUGUGGGGUGCCUGCAGUAGUUUUAUGUCUGGUUGCUCUAUUAUGUGCCAACCUGCUUCUUUAUGUCUAUCUGGAUGCUUUAUAUGAGGGCACUUCAACACCUUCAACACACAUGCACUGCCCACCAGGCUAUUUUAAGGUGGGCACUAUGAAAAACUGCACUCCGUGGUUGCAGUGCCCUGAAAUACGUGCUAAUGUUCGUCGUCUCAGACUGAUUGGACAGGGAGCUGUUAAGCAGGUAUACCUUUCAGAAUGGCAGGGGCAAAAAGUAGCCCUGUGUGUCUUGUCAUCAGAACAGUAUAAAGCUGAUUUCCUUCAUGGGGUGUCCAUGAUCCGUUCCUUGCAGAGUGUGCGUGUAGUAGAACUAGUGGGUGUGUGUGAAGAAGAUGGAGUAUUUGUUACUGAGUACCACCCUUUGGGAUCAGCACUAACACUUGAUUCUACUCUUGCUCAAGAACGUUACCGCAGUCAGGACACAUGGCAUGUACGGCUGCGUCUGGCACUAGAUUACGUUGUCUUCCUGGUGUUUUUACACAACAGCCCAGUGGGUACCCGUGUCAUGUGUGACUCUAAUGAUCUAUACAAAACUCUUAGUCAAUUCUUGCUUACCUCUGACCUACGGCUUUUGGCGAAUGAUCUGGAUGCCCUGCCGUUGGUAAAGCAUGGGAGUCAGGGCAUUAAGUGUGGUCAUCGUCAGCUGAUAGGUGAUUUUGUGGCUCCAGAGCAGCGGUGGCCUUACGGUAAGGAGGUGCCUUUCUCAGAUGACCUCAUGCCAGGCUACGACGAAAAGUCAGACAUCUGGAAGAUUCCAGAUGUGACCCAAUUUCUGUUGGGUCAUGUAUCAGGAAGCGAUGUUAUCCACUUGCAGCUCUUUCAGAUCCAUGCAGAUUGUAAGAGGCCAAAUCCUAAGCUGCGGCCAUCAGCGAAUGACGUCCUCCAUGUUUAUCGCUCUGUUUAUGAUGGCAUGAAGGAAAGUCACACAGAAAGCAGCAGAGACAUGCUGUGAAUUACUGAUGAGUCAGUUCCUGUGUUAAAAUAGCAAGUAAAAAUGUUAACUCUAUUCAAGAAAGUUAAAAAUGCAGUCUAGAGCCAUGUAAAAGUGGUGAGCAAGUGUUAAAAACAAUGGGCAAUAAAAGAUUUAUGCAUCAUUUAGUAAAAAGCAGCAGACAUUUAAUAAAGAUUGGAAUAGUUACAAAUCA